AUAAUUCUUGAGCAUCAGGAUAUUAUUUCUAAUAUAGAAGUGCGUAAUUUAUUAGAAAAUAAAGAAUUUUUUACUACAUGUCAGCAUAUUCGUUCAAUUUGGACUCCUAUUAAAGAAUGUAUUAAUAUACUGAAAUCAAAUACUGCAACCUUAGCUGAUUGCUUUAUUCAUAUGAUUAAGUUAGCAAUAGCAAUAUAUCGGUUACCUAAUCUAAAUCCAUUCAAAAUUCCAGCCAUACAUGUAUUUAAUGUCCGUUAUAUUGAAUUUCAGUAUCCAGCAUAUUUACUUUGUUAUUUUAUACAUCCACAAUAUAGAGGUUGUGGAUUACGCAAUGGGGGAUUCAGAGAUGCUGCUUUAAUUGCAACAAAAUUAUGGCAAAGUCUUGGUUAUGAUAAGCAAGAAAGAAUAGUAAUGACUUUAGAAUCUGACGAGAAAGAAUUAGUUAAUAAUUUUAUUAUUAAUGAUUCAAAUGUUACAUCUUCUAGAAAUACUUUGGUUUUAGAAGAUAUUAUUGAUUUCACUUUACCAAUUUUUGAUAAAGAAUUACAUAGUAAAGAAAAAGAUCAAAAUAAUAUAAUUUUACCCUCCGAUUUAGAAUAUAAUCCAAAAGAUUUAGUUAAUUCUUUUCUUCAAGAAAAUUUAAAUUGA